CAGAGCGCCGUUUCCCCACACGUCGUCGUUCCAACGAGCUUACGGUACCCGGACACGCCUCCACCGGCGCUCAGGGACGAGCACCGACGACACGACGACGGCGCCCUCGGGCGAAUGACGAGCGCGAAAAAGCAGUUUAUUCUCAUUGCUUUGACUUUUGCGGGCGGGGCGCUCGGGUUUUACGCGCAGGAUAGGUUCGAGCUGCACUACAAAGAGGAACGGUUCAAGCGGUUCGAGAAGAGUUACGAGGCGCAGAUGGCGGGGCGGGGUAAGUGAGUGAUCGAAAGACGAUGGUUUUCACGCUGAAUCUCGGGACACUCGCGCUGUUCGUCACGACGUUGGUGGGGACUUCGGCGCGAAACUUUUUUUCGACGCCGGCGCGGGGACAAGACUCGUCCUUCAGCCUCGAAGAGGGACGAAUGAUGGUGACGUACGCCGCGGCAUCGUAUUGCUCCCCCGACGUCUUGCGAAACUGGACGUGCGAGCGGUGCUCCGACAGCGUCGCGGGGUUCGUCCCGAAGACGGUCGUGACCGACGAAGACUGGGAUCUUCAAGCCGUCGUCGGAUACUCGCCGCAGCUGUCCUCCGCGCUCGUGAUAUUCAGAGGCACGAAAGGGAGCUCGUGGGAGAACUGGAUACACAACCUCAUGACGACGAAGUCGCAGGUGAGGCACCCUGGAAUGCCGAAAGACGCGACCGUGCACGACGGGUUCUGGAGGUCGUGGACGCGUUCGAAUCUUCAAAACAGGACGAGCGUAGCGCUCGACGCGUUGUUCGAGGAGAGAGGCGUUCUUCCCGUGGUCGUCGUCGGGCACAGCCUCGGCGGCGCGCUCGCGACCUUGUGUGCCGCGGAUCUGCUCACCGAGCGCAACCUCACCGCCGUGAGGCUAUACACUUUCGGGUGUCCGCGCGUGGGGAACUACGCGUUUGCGUCCGCGAUGAGGAACACGACGCUCGACAACACGCGAGUGACGCACGACCGAGACAUCGUGCCGACGGUGCCGUUCACACACUUUGGGUUUCACCACCUCGCGCGCGAGGUGUGGCAGCGGACGAUCACGACCGGGUCGAAGAAGCACCCGCCGCGAUUGAACUUCACGAUGGAGAUCACGUGCGACGGCUCCGGGGAGGACAGACGUUGUCAGGAUAGUCUUUGCCGGUACGUUGGGGCGUGCACGAGCAUCGAGGACCACUUAGAGUACCUCGGCGUCCCCCUCGGUGGAGGGAAAGGACACGAGUGUUGACGCUGACGUUAUCGUGUUCACAAUCGUUCAUAGCUAGUUAGUACGUUCAUAGAGUACGUUUACGCUC